AUGUACAGUGUGGAGGACCUCCUCAUUUCUCACGGAUACAAUCUGCCCAAGACAAGCAUCCCCUGCCCCUCUUCAACUUCAUCCGUCACCGCGCCUUACGAGAAGCAGCGCCACGCCGUCGUCGCUUGCCACCGUGAAAUCCCAGCAGCAGAGAACCAGAGGUCUGGUCGUGGUGGAUCACUGAACGGGUAUGAACAGGCGGGAGACAGGGGGGCUUGCAUCUUCAGCAGCAGCAGGCAGGCACUACUGGCGAAGGGCUACCCCGGCAGCUGCGACAAUGAGAGCUGCGGGGAAAGGAACCAAAGGCGAAAAGAAGCUGGCAGCGGUAACCUAGGUGACAGCCUAGCACAGCCCCUGGGCGAUUCUCUCGCCACGGAUAGCGGGUGAGUUAAAAAAAUAUAUUUUCUCUCUUUUGAGAUCCCCACAAUACCUUCCCUCCCUUUUUUUUUUGCCGGGCCCUUCGGCAUUGCAUGCAAAGCCGAGCCACCCUGUCUGCACUGCGCAGGAGGGUGGUUUUUUUCUUUUUCUCCCCGUUUCCUUCCUUCUAGAGCUGCAGAACGAACACUGAGGCUGCUGCACCACUGCCUUGUCUUGCCAGAUGCUGCGAUACGAUGAGGUUUGUGCUCCAAAUGGCACACUAUUCCCUAUAUAGUGCACUAUUUUCGACCAAAGCCCAAUGGGCCCUGGGUAAAAGUAGUGCACUAUAUAGGGAAUAGGGUGCCUUAUGCUGUGAUAUGAUGAGGAAUUCUUAUCAUGUAAAGGUUUCUUCUUCUGCACUGUUGGGUUGUUUACGUUGCGAUGUGAAUCGAUGCUUAAAGAGAGCACUUUCCAUUGAAAUGGGCUCUGGUCAAAAGUAAUGCACUAUAUAGGGAAUAGGGUGCCAUUUGGUCAAAAGAAGUGCACUAUAUAGGGCAGUGGUCAACACAUUUUUUUUUGAGUCAAUAUCACUUUCACAGUCAAAAAGCAAGCCGAGAUCUACCACUCAGAUAAAAAAAAAGAAGAAAACAUUACUUAAAAUGUUUUACAUUAACCUACUAAAAACUAGGAAUGAGGUUUGUGCAGUAGGCCUAAUACAUUAUCACAGCAUAUAGGCUGUAUGCCUGUCCAGCCAAUAUUGUUCUUCUCAUACCAUAUUAUAUUUCAAAAAUCGAGCUUUGAUAACAAAAUAGAUCAUUUGGUGUAGCACUUGCGAGGCACAGCUGAGCAGAAAUUGAAAUAAUUUGCAAAUGAUUUGCUUGUUUAUUUCACUGGACUGAUAGUACCUGCAUCUGAUGGUCAUGGUGCUUUCAAGACACUGGGAAAAACGAGGUCAAAUCAUCAGGUUGGAACUGUCGGCGCUCUAGAAAGAUGCCAGAUUUUCCGACUUCAAUUUCCGAGUUGGAUGAUCGUUCAAAACUAUUUUUCACAGUCGGAUCUCGUUUUUUUCCCCAGAGUUCCCAGUUGUCUUGAACGCACUGAAGUUGGAGAUUUCCAUUUGUUUUGAACACAGCAUUAGUCUCAGUGGAGGGAGGGGGAGAGCAGCAGAGGGUCCGUCUCUCAUGGUACCUGCUCUCUCCUUCCUUUCCUCCGGUGAGACUGACCAAAGAGAGGGGAAAUCGUCUUCCACCUGAUGGCAAAACUCGAGUCGCACCGCAUCUACCUCAUGCUCAAAUUCAUGUUGUUCCUAUGACCAGAGAAAUAAAAACGCAGGGCUAUCGAUACACUUGGCUACUCAUUCAUUGCAGCUGCAGCGCAAGUGGAAGUAGGGAGAAGCUCGUUUUAUGUUUUGUAAUAGUGUUGAAUAAAAACAGUGUUGACAGUGCUGAAUAAAAACGUAGACAUGAACUCAUUCCUAAAAACAGCAGCUCUUUGCAGUAUUCUUUGACAGUCUCUCUCUGGUUUUAAAAGUUAUGAAAUCUCACAUAGGCUAGUAUCAAACUUUGCUGUGGCCGGUGUCGUGGAAGCUGUAGGCACAAUGAUUUGAGCGCAGUAGGCAGUAGGGGCACUCGAUUUAGCCACAGAUCUCCCGUUUGUCUUUUCAGACAAUUGAAAUGGUUCAAAAUGGGAACACUUUGCCUACCCGGAGCGCAGGGCUUCUGAAUGAAGUGCACCUAUCGCUAACAGCGCAAAACACACACACACACACACACACACACACACACACACACACACACACACACACACACACGCACACACGCACACACAAAAAAAGGAGUGCAAGCCUUUAUCAUUGGCUUUUCUACAGAAAUGUUUGGUAAUCGACUAGGAAUGCCUUGACCGGUUGGUGACCACUGAUGUAGGGUGCCAUUUGUAAUGACACCAUGAUGGAUGAUACUGUAUACAGUGUUAUCCUCCAAUGGAUUUAGUUGUCAUCAAUGGCCUCUUCCCAGUCUUUAGUACCUACAGUAUGGUUGUUCAGAUAGGCUACUAUAGAUCUACAGUGAGGGAAAAAAGUAUUUGAUCCCCUGCUGAUUUUGUACGUUUGCCCACUGACAAAGAAAUGAUCAGUCUAUAAUUGUAAUGGUAGGUUUAUUUGAACAGUGAGAGACAGAAUAACAACAAAAAAAUCCAGAAAAUCGCAUGUCAAAAAUGUUAUAAAUUGAUUUACAUUUUAAUGAGGGAAAUAAGUAUUUGACCCCCUCUCAAUCAGAAAGAUUUCUGGCUCCCAGGUGUCUUUUAUACAGGUAACGAGCUGAGAUUAGGAGCACACUCUUAAAGGGAGUGCUCCUAAUCUCAGCUUGUUACCUGUAUAAAAGACACCUGUCCACAGAAGCAAUUAAUCAAUCAGAUUCCAAACUCACCACCAUGGCCAAGACCAAAGAGCUCUCCAAGGAUAUCUGGGACAAGAUUGUAGACCUACACAAUGCUGGAAUGGGCUACAAGACCAUCGCCAAGCAGCUUGGUGAGAAGGUGACAACAGUUGGUGCGAUUAGUCGCAAAUGGAAGAAACACAAAAGAACUGUCAAUCUCCCUCGGCCUGGGGCUCCAUGCAAGAUCUCACCUUGUGGAGUUGCAAUGAUCAUGAGAACGGUGAGGAAUCAUCCCAGAACUACUCGGGAGGAUGUUGUCAAUGAUCUCAAGGCAGCUGGGACCAUAGUCACCAAGAAAACAAUUGGUAACACACUACGCCGUGAAGGAUUGGAAUCCUGCAGCGCCCGCAAGGUCCCCCUGCUCAAGAAAGCACAUAUACAGGCCCAUCUGAAGUUUGCCAAUGAACAUCUGAAUGAUUCAGAGGAGAACUGGGUGAAAGUGUUGUGGUCAGAUGAGACCAAAAUCGAGCUCUUUGGCAUCAACUCAACUCGCCGUCUUUGGAGAAGGAGGAAUGCUGCCUAUGACCCCAAGAACAACCAUCCCCACCGUCAAACAUGGAGGUGGAAACAUUAUGCUUUGGGGGUGUUUUUCUGCUAAGGGGACAGGACAACUUCACCGCAUCAAAAGGACGAUGGACGGCGCCAUGUACCGUCAAAUCAUGGGUGAGAACCUCCUUCCCUCAGCCAGGGCAUUGAAAAUGGGUCAUGGAUGGGUAUUCCAGCAUGACAAUGACCCAAAACACACGGCCAAGGCAACAAAGGAGUGGCUCAAGAAGAAGCACAUUAAGGUCCUGGAGUGGCCUAGCCAGUCUCCAGACCUUAAUCCCAUAGAAAGUCUGUGGAGGGAGCUGAAGGUUCGAGUUGCCAAACGUCAGGCUCGAAACCUUAAUGACUUGGAGAAGAUCUGCAAAGAGGAGUGGGACAAAAUCCCUCCUGAGAUAUGUGCAAACCUGGUGGCCAACUACAAGAAACGUCUGACCUCUGUGAUUGCCAACACGGGUUUUGCCACCAAGUACUAAAUCAUGUUUUGCAGAGGGGUCAAAUACUUAUUUCCCUCAUUAAAAUGCGAAUCAAUUUAUAACAUUUUUGACAUGCGUUUCUCUGGAUUUUUUUGUUGUUAUUCUGUCUCUCACGGUUCAAAUAAACCUACCAUUAAAAUUAUAGACUGAUCAUGUCUUUGUCAGUGGGCAAACGUACAAAAUCAGCAGGGGAUCAAAUACUUUUUUCCCUCACUGUACAUCCAGGUUUUUAGGGUUACAUGUUUACAGGUUAUAAUAUGUUUAGAUUUUAUUGUAAAUAUUAAAUUUUUUAUAUUAAUGAAUUAAUAACUUCAGUACCCUACCACUCAAUUGUGCUUUCUUCUCUUUCCAGGUUCUACGACGUGCCCAGCUUAACCUAUUCUGAGCAGAUCGAGAGAAGAGAGCAGCUGGAGGAGAGGGAUGUGUCCUACUGGAGGAGGAGAGGUCAGGACUUCAGCUUCCUCCUGGAUUACACAGACGGCCGGGAGCUGAGAGCGUCCACUGGAUUUCUGAAGGCCUCUGAGGGGGCAUGGCGACCACAGGCCCUGAUCGCAGAGGACCAUUGGGGAGAGAGGGAGAAGACGCAGAAGCAGCAGAAGCAGCUAUGGGAAGACACCUCCAUCUCCUGGCUAAGAGAGGCCGAUGCGGCUCCUGGACAGUUGAGGGUAAUGACUGGGGUGACUGGGGAGCGGAAGUGCCAGAGCCUGGGCACAGAGGAGUGGAAGCCUGCGGUGGGGCUGGGGAGGCAGCUGUCGGAUGGUGAGGGCGAGAGGUGGGCUCAGGAGCAGCAGCACCGCCUGAGGACUCCAGAGAGCGCUGGUUCUAUCCUCCCCAGAACCAGAGGGAUGUCCCAGUCCCUCCCCAGAGUGCUGUCGCCUGAUGGAACUACUGAACACACAAACACACAGUCCAGUUUGGUCAGUAUCCAGCUUCGACCAGGCCAGGUUGAUAGACAGCGUGUGAACAGCACCGUCUUUUCCGGGCCUUAUAGUCGGUAUUACCACAGUGCCGCAGUCGGCAGGGACCGGUGGGCCAGGAACAGUUGGCAAAGCGUCGGACAUGUUGCACUUUUACCAAAGCCCAGGUUCAGCAGGCCUGUCAAGCCUCCAUCAUACGAAAUACACCAGCAGACUAGGGGUAGCCAAGAGAUGCUCGCUGUAGCUGUACUAGACCAGCAGGGAGGGUCCAAACAACAGAAAGACAACAGGCCUAUCUAUUACCCAAGGGGUGGAGAAUUGCAAAGACAAGACUAUUUCGCACAACACUCUGCUAUCUUUGGUAUGGAGCCCCCCGGUUAUAUCCCGCCCCCGUCUUAUAAGAGAGCCCUGCCCCCAAUCAGGGGAGGACCAAUCAACCGCAAUGAAGUGGCAAACUAUAAGUGGAGUGGGGAGAUGCAGAUACAGAUGCACAUGCCUAUGAGCUCAGAGGCGGGAAAGUGGUUUUCCGGACAGACUGGAGGGUCGUGGCUGGAACACUACGGGGAUCGAGGUAUACCCUACAGAAAACAGGUUAACGCUAACCCGAACCUUAACCCUGGACACACCAAGGAACAUCUGGGGCAUGUUCACCAUUUACCCUUUGAUGAUCUGCGAGUGAGACAUAUCUCAGGAGGGUCUGGCGGAAAUUCUCUCACUGACACUGACAAGUUGAUCCGAAACAUGAACAAAGAGACUCCCUGCGCUAAGGUUUUAGGACAAUCUACACAUGAUAGUGCCUUUUCCCCCCCACAGGGGCUAUCUCUCAAUACAGACUGCCGCAAGACAUCUCUCAAUAACAACGACAGUAGUAGUACUAGAUGGUGCAACAGAGGUUUAAUAAACAAAGGAAGUGUAGACCAUGUAGCUCCUGAUCAGAGCUGUGGUAACUAUCCAAUAGCUUUUCAGAUUAGACCGCCUCAGCAGCUGAUCAGGCAUGUGGACCAAGGUCAAGGUGUGUCAGAAACUGUGACUCAAGUGAAAAAGUCAGUCAAUGAGCCUGACUCCACAGAGAAAGAGAAACCAAGAAAGACUGACUCAGAGAAAACAGAAAAAACAGAGAAAAAGAGUGUAAAAAAGAAACUUAGUGAGACAAUAUUCUGUUUGGUGUCUGUUCCCAUCCCUCCAACGCCGGGCGGUACGUCCCGUGAUCAAAACAACAACAACGACGAGAAGCCACCAAGCCCAGUCCGGCCAUCAAGCCCAGUGGACAGUCUGAGUGAGAACAAAACGGGCCACUUAACAAACCAAAGUCUCCAAAGCACAUCUUCAGCAGAGGCUGAGCUGCAAGCACUAACCGGUAGCAUAGCGAGCAGCAGAUCAAGCAGCAAAAUAGUGAGAAAACUCCCUAUUAAGCCCCCCAAAAUAAACCAUCACAAGGAGCUGAAACUCUCGGGUGCCUGGCCUGGGAACCAAUACCGGGACCAGGAGACCCAAACUAGACCAGAAGCCCGAAAACCUCAGCCUCCCCUUCUUCCAGGCCCUGAAAACAAGGAAGCACAAGACCCUCAAGUCCCUGCCCCAGGCUCCUCUGACGUCAUCACCCCAGAUCCCAGCGGUGUGGGCAGUACUGCAUUCAGCUAUCCUAUAAAAGGGGUGAAGAGCCUGAAACCAUCCAGCAACAGCGCCUUUUCCAGGAUGGCUACUUUCUCAAUUUCCAGCCAGCUGAACAAGAGCACAGCUCAGCCACCAGCAGCAGCAGCACCACCACCACCCUCAGGAAACACGACGGAGGAGGCCAAACCAGCAGCGACCUGCAGUGGGCAGGAAGCCUUCGGUCAGUUCCUUCUGAAGCCUGUCAGCAGGCGGCCAUGGGACGCCAUCGAGGAGCUGGAGACUAUCAACAAAGAGUUCCAGGAUCAGCAGCAGAACAGCAAGAGACCCAGUGUUGACCAGUGCAUUAAGGACCUCAACGAGGCCUACAAAGACAUCCUAGAGCUAGGCACUGCCAGCAAUAACAUUUCCAACAAUAGCGGCGCUGUGCAGAUCCCUGAGCGGAUCAAGAUAAGGCUGGCAGGGGAGGCGGGGCUCAGCAAGCCCAGCAGCCUUAGGCACAGUAUCGAGAGCUGGUCUGUGUCUGUCGACCCGGAGUACAGGGAGGUUAAGAGCGCCUUCUCCAGACCCGCUGAAAGAAAAUCUGUGACUUUCAGCAAGCAGCUAAGAGAAGAGCUCCCUGUCCCACCACGCAAGCCUACAGGAUUCAGAGAAUACAGGGUUGUUUCGAACUUGUCGCAGAGGAGAAGUAGCUGCAGUGGCAGGACAGUGAAGCUAGACCUCCCUUCGCCUUCGGAGACACCACCACCAUGUGACUUCACUGGCCCUAGUGACUUUACUGACCCUCCUAGUGAUCCCAGCGAGACCAGAGACUUCAGCCCAAUGACGCCAACAACGCACACUGCAGCCGAAGUCCCCUGGGCAGAUAGGCAGCCGAUGCAGGACGCCUCUACACUUACAAGUCCCCCUGACUAUGAGGACAUAUGUCAGUCUUUACAAAAGACCCGAGACUCAGAGGUUAACAAAACGUUGACUGCCAUAUCUAAACCUGGUGGUGGUAGCUGCGAUACAGAGCCUCCAGGGGGUGCCUGUUUAGACUCUGUAGAGGAAUGCCCCAUUUGUAAAAAAGAGAGCGAGAGCCAGAUUUCCAGACCAAGUCCAAUGUCUCCGCUCCAUGAGGAGUCAAGCCCAGACUUAUCCGAUCAAAGUAGUGCGACGAUUGUUGGCGACAGUGACAGUCCACAAGGAGCUGAAACAUCUGAAGAACCAGCUGAAGGCGAAGUAGACACAAAGGUUUCCUCUGACUCUGGCUCAAAUCGUUCAGAGGCUCAGACUAUAUGUUGCGAUUGGAGGAAGCAGCUGUCACUCAUAGAUAAGAACGUGCAGGGGAGUGUCGCUGCUGAGAAGACCAACCAAGCUCUGGCAGCGGCAGAGGACCUUGGCAAUCUAUUCAAACUUAAAUGUGCUGAGGGCAUUCCAGAGAACGAGUCCAUAGAGGAGAGGGCAGCCAGGAUAUUAGGGAUUGAUAUACCUGCAGAGUCUUUAGUCACAGGGGAGCAGAGGGUUAGCGAGACGGCAACAGAGGAGAUUGAAUUUACAGAGAGUAAUCCCGCUGCUAGAGAAGAUCCAGAAAGCAGGAGUGCAAACGAACAGACAGGACAAACGCAUGUGAGAGAUCCAGAUUCUGAGGAACUGGACUCUGGAACGGUAUCUACAGUUCCUCCUGAUGGGCAGGAGGCAAAAGAAAAGGAGGCAAAAGAAAAGGAGCCACCACAGGAUAACCCAGAGCACAUCAGGAGUGUGAAAUGGACCCAUCUGGGUCGAGAAACUCCAGGUAUGCAGGAGUUUCCACCAGACAGACUACCGCUUUCGGUCCCCAUCAACCCUGACCUUAAGCUGUCCCACAGUCUGGAGGGAGAAAGGAGGUGCAGAGGACCCUCACAGCGCAUAGAGGCCCUGCAGGACAAGCUGGCUGCCUCACCCAGCCACCGGGUGGCGGUAGAGUGCCUGGCACGGAUGAAGGAGGUGGACUCAGUGUCGCGCAUGAGAUGCCUCAGCAUCAGGAGCACAGACUCUGGGGAGGGGGAGGCAGAGACGGAGACGGAGGCCAAGCGUGGCGGUGGGCAAGUGGACGUGCUCACCCUACCUGCUUCCUUCCAGAGUGAUACAGUGGAAGAUAGAGAGGCCUCUGAAGAUACAGUGUUGCAAGAUGAGGUGUCAUCUCUCUCAGGUAGCUACUUCAUACAUUUGUGUUUUGUUCAAUUUAUUCAAUAA